AUUUAAUCCACCUCUUAAUACCAACAAUAUCAUGUCUCAAUUAUAGAAUCAAUGCAUAUCUAAUAACAUGACAAAAUAUAAAACAUAUGAAUAAAAUACCCACCGGAGAGAUGCUGAUUAUUAAUAUAUGCUGAUCGCUACAGAGUUGAACUUGGCUAUAACAACUUUUGCUCUGUACAGCCAAUCAAAGGAUGGAAAAAUGUCACUCUAAUCCUGGGCGGAUUAGAGUGACAUGGCAACACAUAGAGGCUGAAAUCUGAUUGGAUAACUAUUCUAAUAUCCACAUACACACACUAGAAGCAGUGCAACCAAUAAAAAUUCUAUGAAAUUAAUAAAAUAGACAAAUCCGAAUUUAGAUUGUAAAUGUAAGACAGUGCUUCUGAUAGUGUUUAGGCCAGCAAAGAACGCCUCGCUGACCCUGACCACCCACAACUGAUGAUAGGAUAUAGUCAAAGUGCAUCCUCCAAGACGAUCUGUUCUCUGACUCUGGUUGACUUCCACGUUGUUCUAAUCUCAAAACAGGAAAGGAAGUGUUUGGGUCUUGAUCAUUACUUUGUAAACCUGGGCGCUUGGCUUUCUAUAAUUACCCUACUUUAAACGCCUCAAUAUUAUAUGGUUGAUUGAUUUCAUCCUUUAGUUUGAACAUGUGAGAAAGUGACAUAGAAAAACAAACAAAUAAGAUUUUAAAAAACAUAAAAAUAAAGUUCAAUUAUGCAUAUUCGAAAAGGAGUAGGAAGAAAUUAAAUAUAUUUACUUCUGUCUCUAUCUCUACUUCCUUAUAUCCUAUAAAACUAUUACUUUAUAGAACAUCAAUACAGUAUUAUAAUAAAUGUUUAUCAAGGUUUCCACUCGGUCUGGUAAUGCUGUCUCAUGUAAAUCAAUUUAGGAUUUUACACACAUAGGCCUUCCUAAUUGAUGUUUUCAAAUGCUCCUGUUGUCUUUUUGUUUGGACAAAAUGUGACACCUACCUGAGUUAAAAGGGUCAAACUGUGUUUCGACUGCUUCAACUGCGUCGCCGUGGUUCACUGGUUCCUUCUUCAGGUAUGUGAAGUAUUUUCACAGUCAGGUAUGAGCGCUUGAACUCGACCCAAGUCACAUGACAGACCGCGUGGUCACGUCAUCGUUCAAGUUUCGGGAACCUUUUCUUCCUCCCUUGAAAAGCACCAGCCGUCCAAGUCCCGCCUCAUGUCCCCUCCUAUUGGUUAUUACAUGCUGAUACUGUAACCUGAUAGGCCAGAAGUAAAAUGAUGAAUUACGUCAAAUCCAAACCCCGCCCCUUUUCUCUAACCUGCCUAUGUGCAGUGUAAUUGACACUUCCCCCCCACCAACAACGAAUAAACGAGCGAAAGUUGUUGAAGUCGUGAAAUAAAACACAGGAGGUCCCGGGAGUUACGCGUUGGUGGUGAGUGUGUCGAAUGAAAAGGCGACGACUCGGCUUUGCCUUCUCAGACCCUGAGGAUGCCGACCGUGUCGAGUACAAGCGAAUCAUGACCUUUCGGAGGAUGGGUGGUGCUGGAGUUUGCACAACUCUUCCAAAACAAGAUAGAUUACGCGGAGUUGUAAAAUCACUCACAGUUGAUGCUGAGUGGGCGCAACGCUAAAAAGUCGAUGGAGUACAGUGAAAGAGAACUGUGCGGGACAGGGGAAGUGGAGCUCGAUCCCAACAUUGUCAGCGAGGAGGCGGGAAAGCUGUAUUCUGAACUACAGACAGUUAUUGAGGCCCAUGGCGAGGGUGUGGUGGAGUCCCUGGUACCCAUAUUUGUGUGGGUACUGGAGGGGCUGGCCAGCUGCAAAGCCCAGCUGAGAGAGAGGGAGGACGAGGCGGAGAGGGAGAGGGUUGAACGAGAGGACCUGCUGGAACGAUACCAGACUGAGAAGGCGCAGAGAAAAGAAAGUCAAGAGAGGUAUUUGGAGCUGGAUGACCAAAUUGAGCAGGAAAGGAGAGCAAUGAAAGGAAGGGAAAAGGAGCGAGAAUGCAGAGAGAGACACCUCGAGAAAAAAGCCAGGGAGCAAGCAGAUCAAUUGGCGGCCUUGGAGGAGCAGAAGUCGGCCCUGGGAAGAGAGCUGAGCACGCUGAGGCUUACACACAACAAGUUGGCACACUCAUAUCGGGAGCUACUGGAAAAGAGGAAGGACUCCGAAAGAGAUUCACCCCUGAGGAAUCACACACAGCCCAAAAAUGCUGAAGUCCCAUCCACCAAAGUCUUGCCAGACUCAAAUUCACAGAGCCCACACUCCAACUCUGGUACUCUUUGUUUGGAAGAUACAGAAGCCAAGGAGGAGAAGGUGAUGGAUAUUAUAAAGUCUGCCUCAGAUCAGUUUGUCAAUGAUAUCAUAAGCUCCACUCCUGAAUUGAGACAGUUCCACGGCUCCUUGGAUGAUGCAAGUACCCCAGCAAGAUCCAACACGGAAGCACCUCAGACCAGCUUGGAGGAUGAGCUCAAGGAGGGGAAGCUGGGAGAAGAAACAGAAGGAGAGAAGCAGGAAGAAUCCAGGGAGACCAAGGUGGAAGAGGAUGAGGAGCAGGAGAUGGACAGGGACAGCAUGGAAUGGGAACUACGCAACACAGACUCUGUUUUCUCUGAACUGUCGGAGCUAAGUCAGGAUUUUGUGGAGAGUGUGGACCAAGGGGCCAGCAUCAAAGGCAGUGCUGACCAGUUUGAGGAAAUUCUUUCUCAGUAUGAGGAAUUGAAAUGCACUCAUGAGUUGGUAGACGCUGCCCGCAAAGCUCUAAUAUCUCGGGUGAUGGAGCUGACGGACGACCGCUCUACUCUGAAACUGGAAGUGACCUCUCUCCGGGAAACGGUGUCACGAGUCGAAGGCCGGAUAAAGGAGAAAGAGGAGGAAAUUAAAAGACUCAGAGAAAAACUGGAGCGAUUUCAGUCGUCGGAUUCUGAAGCCUCAUUAGCCACAUCCAUGCGGCACUUCUCUCGCUCUGAAAUGGCUCGUGUGGUCAUGGAGAAGAACCAGUACAAACAGCGGCUGUUUGAACUGCAGGAGGCCAUUAGGCAAAGCCAGACACUCAGGGCAACAAAAGAAGAAAGGCUCACAGAGGAGAGAAGGUCAAGUGUUUGGGCAAAGUUCAAUCGCUUUUUUGGCCUGAGCAAACAACCGUUAAUCCUACCUCGAGCAACUUUAACAUCAGCCACACUUCCUCCUCUGCCGACGCCUCAACAGCGACAGGAAGUCACUCAAAGUCAGGCCGCAUCAUCUGUCGCUGCAGUUUUAUCACCUCGCGCCAGGAGGAGGGAACUCUACAGAGAAAUUCGCUCACACAUUUGGGGAACGCUAGGAAAACAUCAACUGCACGGCUGGAGCGUGCCUCUGGCUAACACUCAGGAAUCUCAGGAAGCCGUCCCUGAGCCCAAAGACGUGCCGGUCUUAACGCAACUCAGACUCUUGGACCAAAGAGACUGCACUGCAAAGCUGAACUGUGCAGUGGCAGUCCCACCUGAGAUCUCAGGAGAGGCCACCUGUUCUGUGUGGGUAGUUUCUGGCCCCGCCUCCAACAGUGGCAUCACAGUGAUUGAUCCCGCUCGAUCCAACACUGUCCUGGAUCAGUUCAGCCUCCCCCCCACAGCUCCUGCCCUCUGCAUCUGUGCUGUGCCCCCCGUCGGGGACUCUCCAGGAACUGUGUGGAUUGGAACUCAGGAAGGAAGUAUAGUGAUACAUUCGGCCUCUGCAGGCAGGGGGCGCUGUCUCCACUCAGUUUCCCUCUCUGAAAGCGUUCACUCACUCAAGUACUCCCAGGGUCAAGUUAUAGCUGGCUUAGGUGAUGGGACUUUGGCUUUCUUCUCAAGUAGUUCAGGUGGCUGGAACCUGCUGUCACAUUCAUUGAUGCCACUGGGCUCAAACCCCGUGCAGCCUAUUCGCUGCAGCCUUGCUAAAGGAGGACGCUUGUGGGUUGGAUAUUGGAACAGAGUCCAUGUGGUUGAUAUAAACAGGAGGAAGGUGGAGCACGUUUUUCCAGUCUCUGAGCGUAGUGAACAGCAGGUUCGUUUCCUUUGUGCUGGGGGAAGUGGCGUUUGGACAUCCUGCAGACUCGACUCCGUCCUCAGACUGUUUGACUGGUCCACUGGAAGGCCGCUACAGGAAGUGGAUUUUGCUGCCUUGGUUACCAAAUCAUUAGGCCACGUUUUCCUGACACUCUCGCCUCUUCAGAUCUCCUCUCUGGCUGUCAUCUCUGGCCGCCUGUGGGUUGGCACGGCGGGCGGGGCAAUUGUCUCCAUCCCCUUGUCGAUAACGUCUGAAGCGGUUUCCAUCCCGUAUUGCUCCGUUGCGGCCGCCCAACUGUGUUACCAUGGACACCGACAAGCUGUCCGUUUCAUCAUUGCUGCACCAGGUUGCUUGAUGACGACCACCGGCAGUAACGUGACAAGCUCUCAUCUUAUCCUCAGCGGGGGGGAGGGCUACAUCAACUUCCGCAUUGGAGACGACGAGAGCGACGUGUCAGUCGAGUUGUCCCAAGCGACGCCGCAGCGUUUCGAACGCAGUCACAUGAUCAUUUGGCAGAAUUCCACCAUGCCCGUGCCCAGCUCUGCCCUCUGACAUGUCCUGGAUACCACAGACUGUCAAAUCCUUUGACUACAUUCAUCCAAAAAGUAGCCUUGUGUGCCUUUGCCGCAGCCAGCUUUAUGCAAAUAUGUCCCAAUUCUGUUCCUUGUCUUUAUGCCUGAUACUUGAUAGCAUUAGUAAUGUUUUGAGUUUAACUGAGAUACACUUUAAUGCACACAUCUGCCAGAUCGUUGCAUCCAUGUGUAAUUUCAUGGUCGUUAUCUGUCCCCAAUUUUUGACUCGUGAAUGCAAAAGCAUCUUCUGUGUAUCUAUUUUCUUGUAAACUGGAAGCAGGGCAUCACUCAAUAUUCGGAUUUCUUUCACCUUUGUGCUUAAAGUACAUUGUGAAUGAAGUGCACAGUACUCCACAUUUUAAAAGUGUGCCAAUAUGGUAUGUAAGUACAUAUUUAUUUCUAUGAUCAUGUUCUUUGGAGCUUUGUUUUAAUGUUUUAAUAUCACCUCUAAAAAACUAGGGGUUCAUAAUUAUUCCAUGCAUCAUAUGCAAUAUGUAAGUGCAAUUAUGCACAUGAUUACAACAUGCAGGAACCAUGGAGAAUAUAAAAUUUAUCUUGUACAUAAAAAUAGUGAUUUAUUUCAUA